GGGAAACUGAUUUAGUUAUUGUGCAACUUUAAAGGCUUCAUCUCAAAUUUUCUUGAUCUGAUCCAGAGCUAGUAAAAAUGUCGUCCCAUUGUGAUAUAAUAAACCUUCCAAUAGAGAUUUUGGGUUUGGUUUUCAAGUACAUUCCGGUUAUGAGAGAUAAGCUCAAUCUGGCAAAAUCUCAUUGCGUUCUUGGAAAGGCAUUCGCCUUUCACGCCGGCAAUAUUUUUAAGGAAAUCGAAAUUGAGAAACGGCCAAUCGAGGAUUGGUCAGAUAUUUUGUCGCUGUGUGGAUCCUCUGUUAACAGCAUCAGAGCCUUAAAUUAUUAUAAUAGGGAUACAGAUCCUGUAUCUGCGGCCAAGUUGGCCUCCAAGCACUGUCCCAACCUGGAGAAGUUCAGCUUUCGCGUUUGCAGCAGUUCCUGGAAUCAAUUAAAGUCGCUCCUUUUGACUCUUCAAAAUCUGUCUUACAUAGAACUUCGGAACUGUUCUGAAAAUGUUAGUGUAGUUGAUGCGCUGCUGCAAAUGCCCAAGCUGAAACACUUACAGUUAUACGGGGUCGAAAAUCACUUUAUUGAAAGAGUUGGAGAACUUUCGAAUCUGACGAAAUUGACUAUGCAAAACAUCGAACGCAUUGAUUUCUUCAGAGUCAGCAGAUCACUGAAGAACAUUAAAAGCUUGGAGAUAAAUACCGCUGUUUUCCAAAAGCCUAAUGAUCUUGGUGACGAACAAUUGUUGCCGAAAAUUGAAUUAAUUAAAAUUAACUCUGGGAUCUUCCAAACGCCGCUGCCUUACUUACCGAGUCUAAAACAUUUGUGCAUUAGGAGCACCUUCGAUUACAACAUGAAUCCUUCCAAAGUAUUUGGGGAAUCGGUCUUGAGUUAUGGCAAGACCUUGGAGUCGCUGAGUUUUCGUGCAAAUAGCUAUUUUUUCUUCAAUGUUGAUAAAAUCGGGAUAUUAAUGAAGCUUAAGGCUCUUAAGAAGCUCGAGUUGCCGGUGGAAAGUGAUGAUUGUUUCCACGAUAUCUCCCAAUUGGAGAACCUGGAGGAGUUGAGCUUACUAAAUUCGAAAAUCACUAACCGAGGAGCCAUUAUGGUGAUUAAUGGAUGCAAAAAAUUGCAAAAACUUAAAAUUUGCGAUUGCGAAAUGGUCAACAGAAAUAUGAUCAAGGCAGCUGUCGCUGCUCUACAGCAUUGCUCCCCUAGGUCGGAUAAGCCAUUUUUACUCCGUGUUAGUCGUGACUUCGGACAUGUCGAUAAGAGCAAGCUGGGUGGAGUACUGGAUAUUGAACAUGUUAAUCCAAAUGAUGAAUUCUAAACAUACAAAAAAAUAUGAAAUAAAUAAUAUCGAAAGAGAAGAGAGUAUUAUAAAUGAAGUUAAUAAGUCUUAAGUUGUUCUGUUAAAAUAGUACAUGUAUGUUUAUGGAAGACAUUCAAAUGUUUUGAUUUUAAUUAUUUUA